ACGUUCAGACCUCAUUUCAACCCGAUUUCAACCAUAUUUCAACGUUGAAAUUACGUCUUGUGCUCACUGGGAUCCGCUGAUGAUGUAAAAGGAGCCGCAAACCAGGCACUGGCAGCAGGCGUAUCAGUGUUCCCCAUCGGGGUGGGGUCGGACUAUGACAGGAGUGAAAUUGCCAUACUCGUCACCAUGGAAACCAAGACAACACUCUGCACUUGAACAGCAUGGAUCAAUUACUGAUGUUGGAGACUCUGGACAACAGUUACACAGAGAAAAUCUGCAGAGCUGGUCCACCAGAACAGUGUGUUGAUGAUAAUGGAAAUGAGAGAAAGCCUGGUGAGUCAUGGCUGCUGGAGGACGGCUGCCACACUGCCCUGUGUCACCCCAGUGGGGCAGUGACAGUACAAAGCCACAAAGUCAGCUGUGACAAACUGGAGCCGCCGGCCUGCAAGAACAACAUGCCACCUGUCAGAGUCCAGGAGACCUGUGGCUGCCACUGGGAAUGCCCUUGCAUGUGUAUGGGCAGCUCCAUCAAUCACGUGGUGAGGUUUGAUGGCUUGGCACUUAGGCUGGAUGGGGAGGGUGUGUGCUCCUAUACACUUCUCACUGUCAGCGGAGGCAUCGGUGAAGGGUCAGAGGUGAAACUCCACAGUGGGCCAUGUCAGAACUCGGCGAAUUACUACCAGGUCUGCAUGAAAGCCAUAGAGGUGAUCCAUGGGCCACAUAAACUGCUGCUGAAGGAUGACAUGACGGCAGUGAUUGACAGGGAGGAACUCAGUCUGCCAUGGCGGUUUGCUGGCCUCGAGCUGGUGCGAUACAGAGGAGUGAUGCUGCAGCUCAAGUCCGACCACGGCUACGUCCUGACUUUCACUCCCCGCAGCAACGAGUUUACCAUCACACGGCAUAGCUCCUCCACCGCAGAGGACACCGCUGGACUCUGCGGGCCCUGUGGGGAGGAGAAGGGCAGCGUCUUGUUUUUAUGUAACGGAAGCUCAACCUCUGACCAGCCGGGCUUUGUCUCAGAUUGGACUGUUGCUGUAGACGAUGGUGUGUGUCUCCCAAAGCGCAGGGCCGUGUGUGUGCUUGGAGCAGCGAUGGGAUGUAAGGCCCUACGUUCGCAGGUAUUUGAGCCGUGCCAUGAUCACAUUCCUGUGCAGGUGUUCCUCGCUAAGUGUGAGGAGCAGGCAUGUGAGGAGUCAGAUGUGUGCGAGCUGGUUUCUGCCUACGCACGCCUCUGCAGACAGAGAGGUGUGUGUGUGGACUGGAGGAGCACUGACCUUUGCCCGUUACGAUUCCCGGGCUCCAUGGUGUAUGAUGCAUGUCGGACAGGGUGUGUGGAGGACUGUGGUAGCAUACAGACGUUGCUAGGCGACUGGUUGGUUGCCAGCGGCAACGAGUCAGCCUGUAUGGACACACCUACUGAGAGCUGUUUCUGUGCUAAAGGCACAGUUUUGCAUCACGGACAGUGUGUAUCGGCCGAAGCAUGCAGCCAGUGUGUCGACCAACAUGGACACGUGUAUCCGUACAUGCAGAGUUGGGUACCGGAUGAGAACCCAUGUUUGAUUUGCAUGUGUUUGGACCAACAAAACAUCAACUGCACUGCCCGGCCCUGCAAUGAUGUCAGAGCUCCAGUAUGUGGACCCUGUGAGAUCCUGAGAGAGAAGAGGGGUUCUCAGUGCUGCCCAGAGUAUGAGUGCGCGUGUGAUCUGGUGACUUGUGACCUGCCUGAAGUACCCCGCUGUGAAGACGGGCAAGCUGCGGUUCUGAAAAACCCUGGGGAAUGUCAACCUAUACACAAGUGCGUCUGCAAAAAAGGAGAGUGUUCUCUUGAACCUCCCGCCGCUUGUGCCGCACAUCGUCAACUGUCGGUGAAAAAAACAAAGUGCUGCAACGUGUUUGAAUGUGUGUGCAACUGCCAGAACUCUACCCACACCUGCCCUGUGGGGUUCAUCGCAUCCUCCUCUACCAACGACUGCGGCUGCACAGACACCACCUGCCUGCCAGACAAGGUGUGUGUGGUUGGUGGCGUGGCUCACCCAGUGGGGAGUGAAUGGGAGGAGGUGUGUCAGAAGUGCAGAUGCACCCAGUUGCAGGACAAAGAUACGUCACUGCACAUUGCUCAGUGCGCGCUACCCGUGUGUGAUCGUAACUGCCCUCAGGGCUCGACAUACACUCCAUUAAAAGGAGAAGUGCAUAACGGCCAUCUGUGUGGAGUCAAAGGGAGAGAUGCGAGGGGACACGCUGUUUGGGAAAACCCUCAGACGCGUGGGAGAGAUGUGGCCGUCUCCUCGUGACAAAUGUGUUUUACAUCAGUGUAUGAAAGUGAAAGACGAACUGUUCAUCUCUGCAACAAAGGUCAGCUGCUCUGUUAUGGAAACGCCUCUCUGCCCGUUGGGAACAGAGUUACGCUGCAACACCCAGGAUUGCUGCCCCAGCUGCCACUGCGGUAAACACAGACUCUCCAGUGGCAUUGCGAGUUAGAAGAGUGUUCUUCAACCGGCAUGCGCUGUAUCAUGAACUCACUAUCGACUGAGGUGCAGUCACAGCGUCCGUCCAGCAGAUGACUCUCUCCCAUAAAUGGCACCUCAGAGCCACUUAUCCUGACCUCACCUCACAAUGCCUGGGGUCUAAUGCUCUGUUCAACAAAUAGCAUUUUAAUUAUUGGUGCUUCUUUUCUCUCCACAGCCCCCAUGGAUGUCUGUGUCCUCAACCACCCUGUCAUAGGAGCAGGCGACAGGCUGAUGGUGGAUUUGUGCACGCACUGCGAGUGUAUCAUUGAAAAGG